AUGGGUGGAUGGUGUUGGGAUGGAUCGUUGAGUGAGGUAGACGAACAGACAACUCUUUAUAGUGCAGGGAAUGCUAAAGAGUCUCAGCUUUUCGAGUUCGUGACCGGUGCAUACACUCUGAAAUCUAUCGAUUCUGACUUCAUCCGAUUUGUCAGUGAAAGCGAUCAAAUGGAUCGUCUAAACACCAAAAAGUCAAAUCAAAUCCUGAGCACACCUUCCAAACGAUUCUACUUGGCGCAUAUUGAAAAAUUGGCUGCUGCUUGUGGCGUUCGAUCAGGCAAUGAGCGCUCAAGUCCAGGCUGUAUACCAUCCGAAAAUCCCUCUGGAGUGAAGUCUAAGACAGUUCAAAGCAUACCUCUUUUGCCUGUGCCCGAUCAAAAAUCCCCAUACGGUGAGGCCCCCGAUGUAGCAAAGCGCGAUGUUGAAUUGGACAAGAAGAUAGAAUUCCAAAGGAACGAGAUCCUCCGAUUGAAGCUUCAACUUCUUGAACGAAAGGAGGUGGAAAUCGAUAUAUCUACCUGCAAGCCUUCUCCUAAAGCUGGUUUCAAGCAGAAACCUGGGCCCAAAAAACGUGGACCUAAAUCAUUGAAAUCACAGGAACAGAACCACAAGAGACCGGUAGAGGGAGUACCACAGGAGGCUUUGAUUGAACAAUUGACAACGCCAGCUCUGGAUCCUUGGCCACCAAAGCCCAACUAUGAUACUCUCAACCGCGUACUUCGUCUCUCUCGCACGCUACAAUCUCGAGGCUCUUCUGACGACCAGCUUGUCAUUAUUGAGGCUUUUGGUCAAGCCUCUAUCUCUGUGCUACAGACUUGCCGAGACUCUUUGGUUGACAACAUCCGAGCUUCUUCAAAUUGUGAAGAUAGCACCUCCCCAUCAAAAGCUUCACGUCUUACUGAAGGGACCUUACAGUGGAUUGCGAAAGUUGUGAAGGAGAUGGAUGAAUGGGUCUCACGUACUGGUCAAGAAGUAGAAUGGAAAACCUGGGUUGAAGAUGUCAAAUACAGGAUCUAUCGAGAACUUUAUCCGAUUCUCACAUCAGUACUCGAAGUCUUCAUGCCAAGGUCUCAAAAUAUGUGUGGACAAAUUUCAACCACGCCGGAUGGCGGAGCGGAGUCGAAACCUCAAAAGAGCGUUAUCGAACUCAGGGAAUCGUUUGCAUCACUCUUCCAAACACUUUUGGUAUACUUCGAGCCUGAGAUCACCAUCAGCUUGGCGUCCAAUGUGCUCACAAGAUUAAGAUCCGAGGUGUGGUCGAGCCCUCCAGAAAAACCUCCCAUCGGUGCCAAACCUGCAACCUUCGUGAGUCGACAUAUGGGAGUGAGCUCGGAGACAACUGCCUCUCAGCUUUCCCGGUUGAGAGCCAAGUCGAUGGAGCUUGGGAGAGAGGAAUCAGUAAUUUAUCUCGUGAACGGGCUCAGAUCCUUUUGUUACGCCUAUUCCGGGGCUAUGAUCAUUCCAGAACAAAGCAACAAAACGUCAAACACCCAGAUUGACAUAUCGUUCAAACACCUCGAUUCAUACAAGGUUUUUUCAAGAUGCUCAGCCCAGUUGCAGGAACUAAAACAAACGGCAGGAGAGACUCUCGAAAGUAUAUGGGAUCUUGAGUGUCGUCAGAUAAACGCUGAGGUUAUCAAGACCGAAAGAAAGCUUGCUUUGAGUGAAUCUAGCAAGCGUGACUUGGUCAGCGUCUUGGAGCAACUAUGGGUACUUUGA